CGCGCGAGAGCGCGCAAAACAUCCUAAAAAAACUUCCGAAGCGCGAAAAGCACUUCAGUAUCAAUGCGCUCCUGGACAAGCAGGACAAUCUGAGGAUGACCAGAACACAGAUAUUAACCUUCCACGUUCUUCUGAUGCUCCUCUACAUUCCUAUCUCAGCUCCUGUUACUGUGACAACAAGCAGACCAAAAGUAGAGGUGCAUGAAAACACAAAUGCUGUACUGUCCUGUGAGUUCAGGACAGAGAAAGAAACCAACCCACGUGUUGAAUGGAAGAAGAGAGGCAAAGAUGUCUCAUAUGUUUAUUUUGAUGGCGAAUUCACAGGUUCAUUUAGGGGCCGUGCGUCCAUCGAUGGGGCAACAGUGACCCUUCGUGGUGUUACACAGAAAGACUCAGGAGUGUACCUCUGUGAAGUCACAGCCCGUCAGGACAAAAUCAAGUUGGGGGAGGCCACCGUCACCCUCAAUGUGCAUGUGCCGCCACAUACUCCGUCAUGUGAGGUCCCAGAGAUGGUCAUGAAAGGCUUUUCUGCAGAGCUGCGCUGCAAAGACAAACUGAGUGUUCCCUCUUCCACCUACAUCUGGUACAAAGAUAACAAGCUGCUUAAUACUGCCCAUCUCCCUGAAAUAAACUACAGCCUGGACCCCAAAACAGGGACUCUGAAAUUCAAGAGUGUGUCCAAAUCUGAUGAGGGACAGUAUCGAUGCGAGGCCUCCAAUGGGGUGGGGGCACCAAAAAGCUGUGCAGGCCAACAUAUGAAGAUAACAGAAUUUGAGCUGAACCUGACAUUAGUUAUAGCAGUAGGAGUGGGCGCCUUCUUUCUCCUUCUCUCUUGCUGUCUGGCCAUCUGUCUGUGCUGCAGACGAGGGUGCUGUCGUUGCAAGAAUAAGGGAGAGACAAAACAAAGAACUAAGACCAACUAUAACCCUCCAACAGAUCCCAGGCACUACAAACACACGCAAUCCUUUGUGCUUUGAAGAGUGUGAACACAUAUUCUGUGAUGACCAUAGUUUGUAUUUGGACAGUGCCUUGCUGUAUCCUCUUUUCUGCUUACUCGUUUCAAACACUGGAGGAAAUGUGUCUCAGAAAUGAAUUUCAAUGGAGCUGCAGUUCUUAUGUAUUAUUUAAACUGAUGAGCUGAGUUGAAGGAUCAAGUGCUCCUCUAUCAUUGAGCAGAGAGACCCCCCCGCGGCAAUGUUUGACUGCAGCUAUUACAACACAACAGAUCUAAGUCUAAUUGCAGCUGUUUCUCUUGUACUGUUGUAAAAAGCUUAUUUAUAUAUUUCAAUAUUCCAAUAUACAUUAAUUUUAGGCAAAAUAAGUAAUAUUUUUGAUGCUUCAUCUGUUUUGAACAACUUGGGAUUUUUACUGGACAAACUGUGGAUGUUAGCAAAGUUGUUCUAUAGACAAACAGUUGUGUAUGUUGUUUUUCCAUGUUUCACAAUAGUGUAGUUUCCCUUAUCUGCCAGUGGGUCCAAGUGGGAAAGCCUGGAUUCAGUGCAAGCUUCAGAAAUUAGAUAAAGCAUAUAUCAAUAAGAAAAUGUUUCUUUAAAAUAUCACUAAAUAGUAUCAGUAUAUAUUUAAAAACCUACAUAACCCAUUGCAGCUCUGGUAUAGGUGAAUGUAAAGUCAAUGUAAAAUUCACUGACUUCAAUGCAAAAUCUAAUGGUCAUUUUAAAUAAGCUUGGUCACGUGAUAUAUAUUCCUGCCACAUUUUAUUAUUUUUUUUACACAGAUGACAUGAAUGUAGCAUUAACUUUCAAUGUUAAAUAAAAGAACACAAUAAACCAUGAUGUCCAUG